UGUUCAGUCUGAUUUACAUUAUUAUAGGCAUUACAUAUACAUACAUAUAUCAUCGAGUGGAAUAUUUGUUUUGUAUGAUCGUAAUAUUUAACCAAAGUACAUUCGUAAUAGAGAAUUUUAUUUUUAAAUAUGAAGAAAUGUAUCUCUUUGUUAAAGUUGACAAUGCUAUUAUGGAUUUUAAAUUUGCACAGUGCAAAAACUACCUCUUACGAUUCCGAUGAUUAUGAAGAUAUUUGUAAUACUGGAGCAAUGCGUUUUAAUGAUGAAGAGCACGACUUGAAAUUCAUACCUGAAAUUGUCGUAUGUCCUCGAGGUGGUUCGAUACAACUGGAAUGUCAUGCAUGUGGAUCACGAAAACCAGAUAUGCAAUGGUACAAGAAUGGUAAGUCUAUUCGCACAUCGACGCACUCAAAUCAAGAAAUGAGCCAAAAUAAUACGAUAUUGAAAAUCAAGGAUUGUACAGAAAGUGAUUCCGCAAAGUAUACUUGUAAAAUAUCACUAUCACUGGGCGGCUCAUGGUACGUCUCUGGAAAGAUCCGUUACAUAGUUCAUUUGGAUAAUGAUCCAUGGUAUUCCAAUUAUUGGUUACAUUUAAUAUCUGUAUCAAUAUUGAUUGGGCUUUUGCUGGGUGGUUUUGUCAUUUAUCAAAUUCAACGAAAGAAAGUGAGAACACGUGGUUCAAAAAAUAAAGUGGCCGAAAAAAGCAACGUUACGAUAGCAUAAUUAAAUAUUGUUUAACUGCAGGUGAGUGCUUAUUUGAAUAUUGUCUCAUCGAAAAUAUAAGAUGUUAUUUCUUGAACAGGAAACUAUUUCGAAUUCCAAUGUAGACAUUUUUAAAAAAUAAAAUAAUAUUUUUCAUUUUGU